AUGGCUUCCAGUGCGGCGAAUGGAACCGCGAAAAGUGACACGUCACGACCUCCGGCGAUAAAGAACCCACUGCUAAGCUCCCAGGUUACGGGAUUAACGUUGGACGAUUUUGCACCGGUUGCCGUGCUUCCACCGGCUGCACCCUUGCCCCCCAUUUCGAGGGAACCAACGGAAUCAACAGGUCCCGUCAAGCCGGCCAUCUUCAGCUCGCAGCCAGCGGAAAGUGGCGUCAUACCGGAUCUACCGCAGGACACGGACAGCUUUAGCGAAAUCGAUCUGAGCGCGGCAAGUGAGCCGGCGGUGCUCUCGUUGUCGCGGCCAUCGACUGCAGCCGAUUACAAUCCGCUGCAGGACUUGGAGGAUUCGGAAUCGCGCCCUCUGCUACCGGGCACCGACGGUGGUCCGUCGUCUUACCUGCAGCAAACCUCGUCGCUGACCGCGCAGUUCGCGGCCCAACUGCCCAACGUUGCCUCAACGGUAUUUUCGACCUUCAGCCGGGUCAUCAAGGGCAACUCGCCGGUCGCUAACGACCAGCAAACGGCAGCGUACGGGUCGUUUAAUGCGCAGCCGGAAUUCCAAAAUACGAUCCAUCCUUUAGGGGAAGCAUCGUCGCCGUUCCUUCCGUCGGCACCGCCGCUUCCACUGGCACCAUCGUUCGGAGGGCCAUUAAUAAAUUCAGCCGCGUGCGAACCGUUCCCAUCGAACGUUGGCGAUCAGCCGCAGCUAGCGCCUCCGCCAACGUUCUACAACCCCGACCAGGUGGCUUCCGUCGCGUCGUGUCCGGCAGCACCCCCGCCGGCAACCGGGAGCGCACUGUCCAACACCUACCGAUUGGGAGGGAGCAAAAAGAAAACGUACGCUCACAUUCCGGGCCUGAGCACUACUCACCAUACUGGCACCGGGCCUCUUGGGAGCGUUGUGCAGCCCCCGGUAGCUGCACCACUUCCGUUCGGUGUGCCACCUUUGCCGACACCGCCGGUCGCACAACCAUUCACCGACCUACCACAUGAGGUAACCCAACCGGAGGAUUCGGCAAAGAGUAAACCGUCGCUUUUCGGAUACCACCUUCCAACGAAUCUGCUUGAAAAGCUACCGAAUCCAGGUUUUGUCGGUGGUGAGCAGCGUCAACCGAAACCGACGGGGAACACUACAGCGGGACCGAUUGCUGAUCAAUUCGUCGAUCAACCGUUGGCACCUUUGGUGGUAACUCCGAUCGAAAGCAGCUCAUCCUUUUUCGCGCCACCAACAGCCUUAGAACCAUCGGCUGCGAUUGGCGCCCCAGCCGUCAGUCCGUUCAGCUCACUGUCAGCUCAAGCCUCGCUGGUCGGUGAUCAACCUCCACCGACGUUCUAUACACCUGGUCAGAUUCCUACCGUUCCAGUCGCUCCGUCUACGUCGUCCCUCACGUCGAAAAACCCGUACAGCUCGGCACGUCGAGCACCGGGAGUCGGUCCGUACAAAAAUCCGCUUGCACCGAUCACCGCACCGGUCAGUGGGCCAGUAUUUCUACCGAACCAAUUGCCGCCGACCGCCGCCCAUAAACCCGAGUCUACGGUGUUUGCUUCGCCACCGAGCAUUUUUGCACCACCACCGGCCAGCGUCGUGCCUGCGUUGUUCCAACCUGUCGCCGAACCACUCGUUUCGUUGAACGAACCAAUCGAAUUCACACCACAAACGGGAGGUUUAUCCAUCUUCACUCCAGCACCGGUGGCGGAACAACAAAGUGUCCCGGAGGAGCAGAACGUUGUUAAUUCGUUUGUCAAACACGUAGCUGAUUCACUUUUUCAGCCAUCGUCGGCUCCGCCUAAAGAACCGCCGGUAGUGCCAUCGAUCCAUGAACCACUAGCCAUCCCGGUGCAACAUCAACCGAUAGGGUUACCAGGGUUUGGGCCACUCUCGGGAGGUGUCGAUGAUCUUAGGACCGCCUCUGAGCACAUCGUGACUCAACCGAACGUCCCUCUGCACAGCGCCCCCGUUGCACAGCGCGAGUUUACGUCAUUUUUUGACAGCGCCCCUGAAGCGUCCUCGGGCGCCCCCAAAACGAUCAUCGACAGCCGGUCCAAGUCGAGCGAGAACGUUCUCUCGCCACCGCCGCGACCAAACUCGAACCUCAGCGAACCGGCCACCAUCUUUCCGGGAGCGGUGCCACCGGCAGGAAUAUUCCUUCCGGAUACGGUGCCCUCGGCCGUCCCGGUUGCCGUACAACGCCAACAGUCCCAGGAACAACCCACAGAAACCGACAGUAACGCAAACAGUCUGUCAAGUUUCUUCGGUCAAACUUCGACGCCCGUCGGCCCCAUCCCGAGCCAAACCGUGCCGGAACCUACGUGGAACGGAAACGUUUGGCCAGCGGCACCGGAGCCAGCGCUCGAAGCAGUGACCAACCCGCUGCCUGAGCAAUCGCCGGCGAUCAAUCCGUCGGAUUUCUUCAACAGUAACACCGCUCUGCCGCAAGGUAGCGAAAGCGACUCCAAAACGGGUCAGCAAAUAUCUUCCGUACCCCUGUUUAGCUUCUUCGGGCGAGCGGCCAAUCCGCCGGCAGCAUUACCACCGGUCCCAGCGCCUCCAGAGCCCCUCGAAACGAACGAUCAAACCGACGGCAAAGACGAAGAGACAGAGGAGCAGGAGCGCUUCGUGGGUGUACUCAACGAGCCCAUUUUCAGCAGCGACAAUCUGUUUGACUUCAAACCUUCCGUCUAUCAGGACGUUGGUCCGUAUUCGGAGCGCCAGCAGAAACCGAGUGAUCAGAGCAACGGACUGGGCGGUGAAACGAGCGCCAGCGACAGCAUGGCAGCGAUGGCGGCAACGAGUGUUGGCGGGUUGGACACCACCACCGCCACCACGGCCCCAUCCGUAGCGGAAUCGAGCACAAACGUUGCGUACCGUCCGACGUACAACCACUGGUUCUACAAGCGUGAGGUCGAGGGUAAGGUCCUCUGGUCACCCUUCACGAUGGCCGACUCGUUGGCCCUCGAGGAUGCGUGGAAGGUGGAGGUGGCGAGAGGCGCCGCUACGGCUGACGACCCACUACCGCCAGCCGUAAUCGUCCACACGGACGGUGGUCGCUACGACGUGUCGAUCCGCGACCGUACGCGCACACCCGUCUACUGGAAUACGGGCGCAGCGAACGAGGUACGGCGCUGCUCGUGGUUCUACAAAAAUCUCGAUUCUCGCUUCGUGCCGUACGAGGAGAAGGUAGCGGAGCAGCUGGAGGGCGAGUACAAAGACGCGGCCACGACGGGCGAAUGGCACCGCCGGGUGACGAUCCCGAACGGGGAGACGGUCGUUUUUCACGGGCCGUCGGUGAUCGUGCACUUUUUGAAAACCCAAAACCCGGACACGUGGGGUGGCAGUUCGCCGGUGCCGUCGACCACGAACCGGCCGCGCGUCGUGAAGCGCGGUAUCGACGAGUUCAACAUCGACGACGACGAGCCGGAGAAGAUCGACCAUCUGAUGUUCAUGGUGCACGGCAUAGGGGAGGCGUGCGAUCUGCGCUUCCGGCGCGUCGAAGAAGUGGUGGACGAGUUUCGCAGCAUCUCGGCCCAGCUAGUCCAGAGUCACUACCGGUCGGCGUUCGAUCGGAGCGACAUCGGACGGGUGGAGAUACUGCCGAUCUCGUGGCACGACGAUCUACACUCCGAAGAAUCGGGCGUGGACGAGAAGCUGAAAUCGAUCACGCUGGAGUCGAUUCCAAAGCUGCGCCACUUCACCAACGACACGCUGCUGGAUGUCCUGUUCUACACUAGUCCCAUGUUUUGUCAGAGCAUCAUCGACGCCGUGGGCAACUCGCUUAACCGACUGUACACACUGUUCUGUCAACGGAACCCGUCUUUCGCCGGAGGGGUAUCGUUGGCCGGCCACUCGCUGGGUUCGUUGAUUUUGUUCGAUCUGCUGUGCCAUCAGAAGAAGGCCACUGAUCCGAAGCCGAUGGAGACAGAAAAUUCGGAAAACCCUGAUGCCGAUUCCGUGCCACCGCUGCCACAGCAUGCCACCGUUCACCAUCGUCCCCUGGUGCGCAAAUGUUCGCAGCAGAUAAAUUACGAGGUCGGGCCGGCCGGCACGGGUCAACCGUACAUCACAUACCCGCAGUUACUGUUUCAACCGAAAAAGUUCUUCGCACUCGGCUCACCGAUCGGCAUGUUCGUCACGAUCCGGGGGAUCGACGCGCUCGGGCUCAACUUUGCCCUUCCUACGUGCGACGGAUUCUUCAACAUCUUCCACCCGUACGACCCGGUUGCGUAUCGAAUCGAAGCCCUGAUCAAUCCGGAAUUAAGUUCACUGCGACCCGUACUGAUACCGCAUCACAAGGGCCGGAAGCGGAUGCAUCUCGAGCUGAAGGAGACGAUGGUGCGCGUAGGAAACGAUCUGAAGCAGCGUGUUUCUGACGUGUUUCGCAACACGCUCGACACAGUGUACGCACUGACGGCACUAAACUCUUCCCGGCCCGACCCGAAAGCGAUCGAGAAGGAAGUGAACAAAGUUUUGCAGGAUCAGCUUCAGUUCGAACAGGCGGGCUCCACGUCCAAUCUGGCCGGGGGAAGCGAUGUAGACAAUGGUGAAACGAGUAUACCACUCGGACGCCUCAAUCAGUCGCGUCGCGUCGAUUACGUGCUGCAAGAGGCUCCGUUCGAAUUUAUCAACGAAUAUCUGUUCGCACUGACUAGUCACGUGUGUUACUGGGACUCUGAGGACACGAUGCUGUUUUUAAUGAAGGAAAUCUACAGCACACUUGGGGUGCAGGCGGACAUACAGGUGCCGCAGCAAACGAUGACCAUCGAGCGGCCCCUGUCGUCUACUAGUCCGGAUGUGGUACAGCGUGCCUGUUCGCCUAACAAUAGUUACAACCUUUUCCCGCAGCCGCAACCGUCAACGUCGAUGAACGCACCGAGUGCGACCAGCAGUCGAUAGGCGGGUGACCGUUCCUUAGCUUUUCAAAUUCCCUUUUUAAGAGCACAUCCGGGAUGCAGUCAGACACAAUACAGCCCCGGCACCGUAGCGUAAUGGUUUUAAAUCGUCUACCUAAUAAGUUAUGUUUUAAAAACAAAGAUGUGUUGCCUGUUGUUCUUUUCGUUUGGCCGUUUCUUAGGUUUAUCCCACAAGUGACACCGAGAAAUCAGACCGUUGUUUCGCGGGAAAUGUUCCUGUUGGUUGUUAUCGGUUGGAAAGCGUAAAGAAAGUAAACUGUAUGUACAACGCAAGGCACGUGGAAAAAAGAAUAGAUAAGAAAGAGAGCAAUGAAUGAAUAAAAAUUUAAACUAAUUGAA